UAGGGCUUCUCAGCACCGGCAGCAUCGCCCCCCCACCUUGAUACCGUGCAAAUUAAUGAAUUUUUGGUAACCACAGCCGGCCCCCCGCGGGCAGCCCAGCCCUUCCCUGUGCGAGGCCUCCCCGGGAGGGGCCGGGGCCGGCUCCCCGCCACCUCCCUCCCCCUUCCGGGCUGGGCCCGGCCCUCGCACAACCGGGACCGAUCGGGGCCGGGCCGGGCCGGGCCCCAUGGACGAGCGGCUGCUCCGAGCCCUGGGGGGGCUCAGCCUGCAGCCCCCGCCACGGAGGCGCUUCGGCAAGAGCCUGGUGCUGCUGCGGGGCCUGCCCGGCUCCGGGAAGAGCACUCUGGCCAGACAACUGAAAUAUGACUAUCCCAGUGCUGUGGUUCUUAGUACUGAUGACUUCUUCACUAGAAAUGGUGUGUACGUGUUUGAGCCUGACUUCCUAGAGGAUGCACACAAGUGGAACCAAAAGAGAGCACGCAAAGCAAUGAAGAAUGGGAAAAGCCCGGUUAUUAUUGAUAACACCAACAUCCAUGCUUGGGAAAUGAAGCCGUAUGUGAUGAUGGCACGUGAAAAUAGCUACGAAGUUAUAUUUCGGGAACCAGAUACACCCUGGAAGUUCAAUGUUCACGAACUGACAAGAAGAAAUAUCCACGACGUCCCGCGGCAAAAGAUACAGCGGAUGAAAGAGGAAUACGAGCACCACGUCACCUUCCACAGCGUUCUCCACGCCCAGCAGCCCGACAGAGACGACAGAAGCACCACGGGACCAAGCACAGCUCAUGGCCUGGGCGCCCACCACAGCCCCCCGCCGGGCUGCUCACACAGACCGCGCCCGGCACGCACGCGCACCUUGCCAUUUCGCUGAGGGGUGGAGGCCUCUGUGUGUGUUUUAAUCAUCAGGGGAUCAAAGUCUCUAGUUUUACUUUUUUUUUAACUAAACUGUUUUAUAUUCUUGUAUUUUCCUACUGCAUUUCAAAAGCAGACUUUUAUUUCUUAAAAGUCUUUACGUGGCGCUAGAUUAUGAUCUCACAGAUCUUCCUGGCUGAUUGCCCUCUUAUCUCUGGCACAAACUGCAUGCCCUCAUCCUUCUUCCUUCACUAAAAUUCAUUCUGGCUUUGGCUUAUGGUAAAAUUUGUUGGCUGGGCCUCACUCUUUUUUUUUUUUUUUUGCAUUGCUGUAACUGCUAGAGAGCACUGAAUGCUCUUAGUUGUUUUUUCCUUACAGCCCACGUGGCCAACUCCUUCUCCAUGCAGUGGUCAUUUCUUGCAGUUUUGCUCCUGGAUAAUCCUUUCUGUCUUCACCUUCUUGUCUAGCGUGUUUUAACUGCUAACUUUCAGAGAGGCAAAAAGUCAAUCAGGGAAAAGGUAGAGCUGUAAGAGAGCGUAGCAAGAUCUGAUGCUCUUCUGCAUCUCCGCAUCUGCUGCCUGCAUCUGUGCUGUUCUUACCUUAGCGCUAACACAGCCAAACAGCAUCUCCAGCCUGAAGGAGGAAAACUUUAAUGCUUUAAACUUCAUCUUGCGGAGAGAAAGCAGAGGAGGCAGUGUUGUUUCCUGAAGGAAAGAUCGGUACUGGGUGAGUGCUUGCUAACUUGAAGGUGGCACUGGGCUACAGAGGCAGCUGUAAAUAGGCAAAGCACGAGGCUGCUGCCUACCUGAACUCAGGAGGACAAAGAGUGUUGCACAAAAUGACAACUUGAGAAAGGAAGGGGGAAAAAAGUGUUUGUAAGAGAAGAAAUUGAUCCCUUCCCCCACACAGUGCAGAGAAGCCAUUGACUGUUGGUGGAUGAGCAAAAGAAGCGAUCCUGCAGGAGUUCCAAAAAACUUCUAAAAUCCUGCUGAUGGGUCUUUGUCAACAGGGCUCGUGAAACGUUAUUGUAAAACUCAGCAUUUGUGAUGGCAAUUCUCUGUAAGUAGGUGCAGAACUACACUGCCACCUGGGCAGUGACUGUAGAAGAGGGCAGUAGCAAGGUAGUUGGCAGUAGGAAAUGAAGAAAUGAAGGAAAUGAAGCUCACCCAGAUCAUGAAGGAACACAGGUGCAGCUGCUGCUCCUCUGCCAGGCUAGUGGACAGAAGUAUCAAGGCGUACGUUAGUCCUGUGUGAAAACGAAUCUGGCUGUAGGAGUCCGUAUAAAGCAGUAGGGGUGGGAUGAAUUCCAGUUUCUAUUUUUAUUUUUUAACUCAGGCUGCAUGUAAAGCAGCACUGUCACCACUGUAAAUAAUUGCUCAUUAAGGGGUUUAGGGCACCUGCAGCAUUGCACAAAGUUUUUAAGUGGAGCUGCUGUCACCCUCUUACAUUCCCCAGUCCCACUGCAGUGCCCAGCUUGGCUGCAGGAGCUGCCCUCAGCCCUGCACUCGAGCCAAGUUAGCAGCACAGGACUGCAGGAAGGUCACCAGGAGGGAGCUGCUGCCAUCCUCCUUUGACACCUGAAGGGCGAGGGCAGGACAACGGCAUAACUAAACCAUGGAGUCAGAGCCUGCCACGCAGAACUGCUUCUCUUGUGCAGAAGCUCCAGUUUUGAAAAUCUUCACCUGCAGAACUUAAUGAGAAAGAAACCAUGAACAGAAGUACUAACUCCCUCCUGGCAGAAAGAACUUGGGAUGAAAUUAAGGGCCUGGCUUUCUUUCAUAACAUUCUGGCUUAAAGUAGUACCUCUAACUAAGACCAAGGAUUUAUUAUUACUAUUUUUAAUUUUUUUUUUUUUACUAUGAAUCAAUCAUAAUUAUAGUUCUUUUCUAAAAGUUUUAGCACUGCAUGGAAAUUUUAAGGAAUUAUGGUUUACAUAAUUUUAAGGAAUUAGGGUUUACAGAACUAUGCCAGAAUUACAGAGGAGUAUUUUGGAAUUAAGCUGCUAUGUUUGGUUCCAAUAAAUUUAGACAAUUGUUGAUUUUGCCCUGUGCUACUUCUGACAAACAACUACGCUAAUGCCACAGCUGGUAACAAAAGAGGUUGCUUGAGACUGAAACAAAGACCCUGCCAGAAUUCAACAAUACAUCAGAAUCAAAGUGAUGGGUUAUAAAAUCUCGAGCCAGAGUGAUGCUAGUGUAUGUGAUGUUUGUGUGAGAAAUGUAUGAUUAUUCAGCUCCUAAUCAUUUGUCCUGCAGCUGAAAUGCCCUCUGAGGAUUUUUUGUAAUAUAACUUUAUUAAAUACAACCGGGAUCUAAUGUACAAAGUAAAAAUCAUUUAAACUUGAAAUAUA